AUGUUGCGACUCGCAUCGCAGAACGACGGGGCCAUGACUUCGUCGUCCGAAGUCACCUCGUCGUCGUCCUCGUCGUCGGCGGCCGCCUCCACCGGGUUCUCGGCCACCAGCAUGUUUAUCAACGCAUUCUUCAGCACCAACAUCAACAGCCCGAUGACCCGGGAGAGCUUUGAGUUCCUGCAGGACCUCGAUGACAGCUUCGGCGAACAGCCCACCUACACCACCCACCAGCAGCGGUACCACCAGGACACCAUCAUGAACCGGUUCAUGACACAGCACAACAACAAUUCGUCCACCGUCCCCGUGAUAACAACAGUCAAAGAAGAGUUGUCUCCGCCGAACAGCCUGUCGGGGGUCAGCAGCCAUUCGGAUGGGUUGAAGAAGAAGAAACUCAACCACUCGCCCGUGACUGGCGUCGUCAACACCGCGGCAUCGGGCCCCGGUGGCGGCGUUGGUGGCAACGUGCUGAACAACCGACCUCCCGAAGAGCUUUGUCUGGUGUGCGGCGACCGGUCGUCCGGUUACCAUUACAACGCUCUGACAUGCGAAGGUUGCAAGGGGUUCUUCCGGAGGAGCAUCACCAAGAACGCCGUGUAUCAGUGCAAGUACGGCAACAACUGCGAAAUUGACAUGUACAUGAGGCGGAAGUGCCAGGAGUGUCGGCUGAAAAAAUGCCUCACCGUCGGCAUGAGGCCUGAAUGUGUUGUACCUGAAGUUCAAUGUGCAGUAAAAAGAAAGGAGAAAAAAGCUCAACGAGAAAAAGAUAAACCAAAUUCUACUACAGAUAUUUCUCCUGAAAUAAUAAAAAUAGAACCUACAGAGAUGAAGAUUGAAUGCGGUGAACCAAUGAUAAUGGGCACGCCUAUGCCGACUGUACCUUACGUGAAACCGUUGAGUUCUGAACAAAAAGAACUGAUCCACCGACUUGUCUAUUUCCAGGAUCAAUAUGAAGCUCCUAGUGAAAAGGACAUGAAACGUUUAACAAUAAAUAAUCAAAAUAUGGACGAAUACGAUGAAGAAAAACAAAGUGACACCACAUAUCGAAUCAUCACUGAGAUGACAAUACUCACAGUUCAACUCAUUGUAGAGUUUGCCAAACGAUUACCAGGUUUCGAUAAACUUGUAAGAGAAGAUCAAAUCACUUUACUCAAGGCUUGCUCAAGUGAAGCUAUGAUGUUCAGGGUAGCUAGAAAAUAUGACAUCACCACUGACUCAAUAGUGUUUGCUAACAACCAGCCAUUUUCAGCUGAUUCUUAUAACAAAGCUGGGUUGGGAGAUGCCAUUGAAAACCAACUGUCAUUCAGUCGGUUUAUGUACAAUAUGAAAGUGGAUAAUGCAGAAUAUGCAUUGUUGACAGCCAUUGUCAUAUUUUCAAGUAGGCCAGGUUUACUAGAUGGUUGGAAAGUGGAGAAAAUUCAAGAGAUCUACCUAGAGUCCUUAAAAGCAUAUGUAGAUAAUCGAGACCGUGACACAGCAACUGUAAGAUAUGCGCGACUUCUCUCAGUACUUACAGAGUUGCGUACAUUGGGCAAUGAAAACUCCGAGCUAUGUAUGACACUGAAACUGAAAAACCGAGUAGUACCCCCAUUCUUGGCCGAAAUAUGGGAUGUCAUGCCAUAG